ACAAAGGAAGGAAUGAGUGAGUGAGUUCCAGUAAAGCUAACUAAUGUUUAUCUGGCGUUCCUGUUGAACUGAACUGUAGCGGUGUGCUGCUGCUGCUGCUGCUGUAGCUGCCUGUGCUGAGUGCUUUGAUUAAAGACGACACCGUGCUGGUUCUCGCUCUCAGUCUGAUCUAACACACAUCUGGAUCAUCAUGCUGCUGCUGCUGCUGCCUACACUGCUGGUUCUGCGUUCUCUCGCUCUUGACUUGCAGGUCCCCGAUUCUCCAGUGGUGGCGCUCUAUGGCAAAGACACCAUCCUCAAUUGCACCUUUUCGGGAGUCCAGACCUUCAACCUGUCCGACCUGACCGUGUUCUGGCAGCUGUCGGACACUCAGCGGAACGUACACGCUUACUGGGAAAAGAAGGACCAGCUCACCGAUCAGGAGGAGCGCUUUGCUAACAGGACCAGCCUGUUUCAUUCAGAGUUACCAUCCGGUAACGCAUCGCUGUUGCUGAGGAGGGUGAGAGUGGCAGAUGAGGGUGUCUACACCUGCUUCGUCAAAGUGCACGGCUACCAAAAGGGGGCCAUGUACAUGCAGGUGGCAGCACCCUACUCUAAACCCGUGGUGUCCUGGGAAGCUGAUUCCAACCCAAGGCCGGGCGAUGUGGUGGCACUGACCUGCGUGGCGUACGGUGGCUAUCCUGAGGCUCUGCUGCUGUGGCAGGACGGGAGUGGACAGAACCUUACAGAGAACGUCACUGUCUCACCGGUGGCCAACGAGCAGGGUCUUUUUACCGUCAGGAGUGUCCUGACUGUAACCCUCGAGCCGAGCAGCACCUUCAGCUGCCGGCUGAUCAACCCGCUGCUGGACGAGGAGGGCCAUGCAUCGGUCACCAUCACGGCCCAAGGCCUGGUUUUUCCUCAAGUGGCUUUGUGGGUAACAAUCGGGCUGUCUGUCUGUUUGCUGGGUCUCCUCGUCGCCUUGGCUGCCGUCUGCUACAGGAAAAUCAAAGAGAGCUGUGAGGAGUUGCGAAGAGAACAAGCCAAAGAACUCGAGGAAGCAAAAGAACUUCAAGAGGCAAAACCAGGUCUUGAAGAAGCCAAGGAACCCGAAGAGGCAAAAACAGCCACAGCGCUUCUACAGAGCUAAAGGCAACGAGAGCAGAGUGAAACUACACAUGAAGAAUGAAACCUUUGCACAACAUCGUUCAAGAAUAACCACACAUCAUUUUUCCACGGACACUCAGUUUUUUUAGAAGACCUGUACAACUGUUAUGUUGCUUUGAAUCCAUCAUCAGAAUCCCCAGAGAUCCUGAACCUUUUUCUUUUUUUGAUUGAUUAAUAGAUCUCUUGUCUAUGUAUAUGUCAACAUAUACACCCCCCAAUGUUCCCUUUUAGUGUAAAAUGGGUGAUACCAGUGUUGAUUUUAAACAAAAAUGACUACAGUCCUUGUAACUCGAGGUCCCCUAAACUCCAAAUCUUUGAAACUGGAGGUCCCUUCGUCGAGAAAUUUGUACCCUUAAACUUGAUGUGCGUGUGAGAACUAGUUUGGCUCACAUAGGCCGCACUGCCCAGCCAAACAAAGGGGUGAGGGAUGUAAACAAAGGGGUAAGUGUUAGGGCGCAUUCACAUGAGAAGCGGCAAAACCGUUUUUGCGCCGGCUGUGCUGUUGUUUCCUAUGGAAUUUGGCGGUGUAGCACGGUUUUGCCACUACUCAUGUGAAUGCGCUCUAAGAAAACAAUAAAGAAGGCUGAUGUUUUAUUUUUA